AUGGCGACUCUGUCUCAUUUUUCUUCUCUUUCUACCAUCUCUUCUUCACUACCACUUUCUCCUAGAAGAUUCUCUCCACGAUCUUUUCCUCAAUUCACAGUCAAAUCAGAAACAGAGAAAGAGAAACAGAGCACACAAGCUAAAUCCGAAGGAGAAGCAUCAUCAGCUUCAACCAAAAAAACUCCUAAAACUCUUCCCAAGAAACCAGUUUACUCGAUGAAGAAGGGUCAAAUCGUUCGUGUGGAUAAGGAGAAGUAUCUCAAUAGUAUCAAUUACUUAUCAGUUGGACAUCCUCCUUUCUACAAAGGACUUGAUUACAUAUACGAAGAUCGCGGCGAGGUCCUAGACAUUCGUGUCUUUGAGACAGGAGAGUAUGCACUUGUUGGUUGGGUUGGUAUCCCGACCGCACCGGCUUGGCUACCAACAGAUAUGCUCAUCAAGUCGGAGAAACUUGUUUACGAGCGACUAUAG